AUGGGACAAGAGGUGGUUGCGGCGGCUGUGGUUCGGACGCCGGCGCCGACAUCUUUGGCUCCGGGGUUCAGAUUUCAUCCAACCGAUGAGGAGUUAGUGAGGUACUAUCUGAGAAGAAAGGCCUGCGGAAAGCCCUUUCGAUUUCAAGCCGUUUCUGAAAUUGAUGUUUACAAAUCUGAACCCUGGGAACUUGCCGACUAUUCAUCACUGAAGACUAGAGAUCUGGAAUGGUACUUUUUCAGCCCUGUGGAUAGGAAGUAUGGAAAUGGAUCAAGGCUCAAUCGUGCCACUGGCAAAGGAUACUGGAAAGCCACCGGGAAGGAUCGGCCUGUGCGUCAUAAAAAUGAAACUAUUGGAAUGAAGAAAACCCUAGUUUUCCAUAGUGGUCGUGCUCCUGAUGGCAAGAGAACAAAUUGGGUAAUGCACGAGUAUCGACUAGCUGAUGUAGAAUUGGAAAGGGCCAGAGUAGUACAGGAUGCAUUUGUGCUAUGUAGAAUUUUCCAGAAGAGUGGUCUAGGACCACCCAAUGGGGACCGAUAUGCUCCUUUUAUUGAUGAGGAAUGGGAUGAUGAGGCUGCCCUUGUGGUUCCUGGAGGAGAGGCUGAAGAUGAGUUGGCCAAUGGUGAUGAAGCACGAGAUGUGCGCAACGACAAUGACCAGGAAAAUAACUCUCUCAGCAUGGUUCCUCUCCAAAUUGAGAAUCUGCCUGAGUCACAGAGUCUUUCAUAUGUUUGCAAGAGGGAGAGGUCAGAGGAUCCUGAACUCCUCUCUCUGGCUCAAAGUAAAAGAUUGAAGCAAGGUGAUCCAAAUGCGAGCCAUGCAAAUGGAUCCGAAGAUUCAACGACAACUAGCCAGGAACCCCAAACAAUGACAAUGACAAUGACGACAAAUUCCUCCCGUGCACUUUUGGAAUUUCCUCUGUUAGAAUCCAAAGAAAGUCAUCCUGUCAACCCUCCUACAUUCGAUUCUUCCAAUCUUGAGAAAUCUGUGCCUCCUGGAUAUUUAAAAUUUAUCAGCAAUUUAGAGAAUGGGAUCCUAAAUGUUUCCAUGGAAAGGGAGACACUUAAGAUCGAAGUGAUGAGAGCCCAAGCCAUGAUUAAUGUUCUCCAGUCACGCAUUGAUCUCUUGAGCAAAGAAAAUGAGGAUUUAAGAAGAUUCGUCCGAGAGGGCUAA